CCAUCUCUUCCAGUGUUCUGUGCCCUUGUCUUUCGCUCUAUGGCAGCAAAGGAUGCGCUUAUUCAGGGACGUUCAAAGCAGCGUGGUAGAUCAACACGGUUAUAUAAUAGGGGGAGCAGCAAGAAAGCAUUCGUCAAUCAGGAUCGGUGCUCAGGCUACCCAUGUACAACCUCCACCGAUUGCAAAGCGGAAGGAGAACUCACUGUCCAAAUGGAGGGAAAGGAGAGCAAGCGCUCUUCUUCGCACUCCCAUCAGCCAACUGGAGUGAAAGAAAAGCCCUGUUUUGCCCGCUACCCUCUUGCUUAG